AUGAAGUUUAACAUUGCAAAUCCGACCACAGGUUGCCAAAAGAAACUGGAAAUCGACGAUGAUCAGAAACUCCGGGCCUUUUUUGACAAGAGAAUCUCUCAGGAGGUUAGUGGAGAUGCUUUGGGUGAGGAGUUCAAGGGAUAUGUCUUUAAAAUCAUGGGAGGCUGUGACAAGCAGGGUUUUCCCAUGAAACAGGGAGUUUUGACUCCUGGCCGUGUCCAACUGUUGCUGCACAGAGGGGCUCCAUGCUUCCGUGGCUAUGGAAGACGUGAUGGAGAGCGCCGGAGGAAGUCUGUUCGUGGAUGCAUUGUUAGCCCUGACCUCUCAGUUCUGAACUUGGUUAUUGUUAAGAAGGGGGAAAAUGAUCUGCCUGGCUUGACUGACAUAGAGAAGCCUAGGAUGAGGGGCCCAAAGAGGGCCUCAAAGAUCCGCAAGCUGUUCAACCUUUCUAAACAGGAUGAUGUUCGGAAGUAUGUCAAUACUUACCGAAGAACAUUUCCAACAAAAUCUGGGAAGAAAUGUAGCAAGGCUCCUAAGAUACAGAGGUUGGUGACGCCUCUGACACUGCAGAGGAAGCGGGCCCGGGUUGCAGAGAAGAAGAAGAGAAUUGCCAAGGCCAAAUCUGAAGCAGCAGAGUACCAUAAACUGCUAGCCUCCCGAUUGAAGGAGCAACGUGAACGCAGGAGUGAGAGCCUGGCUAAGAAGAGGUCUCGUCUCUCCGCUGCCUCCAGACCUUCUGCCACAGCUUGAAUAUCUCUAGGGCCCGCUUUUUGCUCUUCUAUUUAUUUGCAUUACCACUUACGUUUUCAUAUAUUUUUGUUCAAUUUCCAUUUUACAUCCGGUGGUCUGAAC